UAAUGGACAAGAAAAAGAGCGAAAUUCAAUCCUAUUACAAAAACAAGACCAUUUUUUUCACCAGCGCUUCCGGCUUUAUGGGCAAGGUUCUCUUGGAAAAGUUGCUGUAUUCUUGCUCGGAAAUUGACAAAAUUUACAUCAUUAUACGAAGCAAGAAAGGUCACAACAUCGAUACUCGACUCAGCAACAUAUUUGAUUUACCUUUGUUUCAAAGAAUUAAAAUCGAGAAACCUAAUGUCCUUCAAAAAGUGAUACCGUUAAACGGCGACAUAACUUCGGACAAUUUGGGUCUCACUGAAGAGCAGCGAGAACGUCUGAUAAACGAAGUACAUGUGGUAUUUCAUUGCGCUGCAUCUACUCGCUUCGAUACGAAAUUAAAAGACGCCAUCGAGCUGAACACUGUAAGAUAUUAGUAUUACAAUUUAAAAAAAUCAACGUCAAUAAUUCAAAGUUUCAUUUGUUGCAUUUGUCUUCUUUAUGUGAAAAAAGUACUUUAUUACUAUUAUUACACAUUACGCUGAUUACAUUGUACAUUUAGAUUCUGUAUUCAU